UAUCUUCAUAUUCCCACUCACAUGCAAUUUGGUCAUUAGUCAUUACUCAUUCAUAAUUCAUUACGUGCGAAGAAUUAUGGCUUUUACUCAUGAGUCAGAAAUUAUAUGCAAGAAACAUCCAGAUCAUAAACAACAACCAGGAGUUUGUUCUUGUUGUCUCAGAGAAAGACUUAACAAGCUUUCUGCUUCAACAGCAACAAUAGCAGUAAUAUCUUCAUCUACCUCUUCUUUAUUUUCCUCUACUUCUUCUUCCACUUGUGAUUCUCCACGUGGUGGCGGCCACCGCCGUAUCACCUCCGACGUUGUGGGUCCCUUCUCUUUCGUCAGCAUCAUCGGUGCCGGCGCCGGCACCGGAGGUGGUUUGAGAAAAAGCAGAUCGAUAGCUUUUGUUGCAAGAUCAGGUGGAUUUAUGAAUGGACAAAAGAAGAAAGAAGGGUUUUGGUCAAAACUGAUAAGGUCAACAGGGAAAAAGACCAAAAGGGUUCUUGUGUAUUGAUCACUUUUGUAAAAGAUUUUUAUACUAUCAAUAAAUUUUUAACUAAUAUAACAAGGUAUAUAUCAUCUUUUGUAGGUUACUGAUAUAUAUUUGUUAUAAAAGAUUGUAUGUAAUUGACUUAACGUGAUAGAGUGUGAAAAUAUUAUAUUUA